AUGCUGGGUUCAUCUUCACAAUUUAAGCAAAUCAUUGUAAAGAAAACAAACGUUCCAUAUGAAUUGAGAUUUAUUGACAUCAGAAAUUAUAUAGCGGGUGGGACAUUAGACCAAUUCACUCAAGAUUUCGGAAACAAUAAAUCACGUGUUAAAUCCUUUUUCCCUUAUCAAUUCAUCACGUGGGAAAAUUACGAAGAAGAAUUAUAUAAAGUGGAACCAUUCACUCAAGAUUCAUUUUAUUCAGCAUUAACUCAAGAAACUAUAUCAGAUAGUGAUUAUCAAAUAUAUCUCAAUGAUGCUAAAAACUUUAAGAAUAGAUUAGAAUAUUUUAUUCAUUAUUGCAAUAAAGAUGUUGAAAUUAUGAUUGACCCAAUCGGUAAAAUUAUUGAAGAAACAUUUGUUUAUAAAAUUGACAUGCUUCAUAAUCUUUCUUUAUCAUCGAAUGCUUCAAUGAUUCGUUACGCUUUAGCAUAUAAAGACUUUAAUCCUAAUGAAAAAUAUCCUGAGGAAGAGAUAGAAUCAAGUUUUGAAUUAACGAAAAAGUAUUGGAAAUAUAAAAUUGAAUCAUAUAAGAAACAAGAUGAAAAAGCAGAAAGAGAUACUAAAAAUAAUGUUUCAAUGGAUGAUUUUCAAUACUAUCACGAUUUAAUCCUUUCAUCUAAAUGCAAAAUGUGUGGUAAAGCGUUUACAUAUGCAAAUAAACCAACAUUGGAUAGAAUCGAUAAUGAAAAACCACAUACCAAAGAAAAUUGUCAGUUAAUGUGUUGUUAUUGCAAUGUCGUAAAAUCAAAUAAAGAUGAAGAUGUUCAACGUUUAAGAAUCAAUUUAAGAAAUUAUGCAUUAAAAAAUAAUUUACCAAUGACUAUAGAUUCAGUUGAAGCUUAUCACAUUCUCCGUAAUGGAAUUACUGGUGGUUUAUCAAAUGUUCAACAUAGAGUAAAUCUUAAAGGAAUCACGCACAUUAAUAAACUUUCAUAUAAUCCAGAAACUAAAACUGUAUCAAAUGAGGACACUUCCAACAUCAUGACUCAUUUCAUUGGUGUUGAUUUUAAUUCAUUAUAUCCUUCAUCAUUUUCAUCUAAUCCUCAUGAUUUCAUUCAAUAUACUGACCAUAAAAUGUAUAUGCCGGGAAGAUUGAAUGGUGUUAUCAUUUGUGAUACAGCAACAAAGAAAGCAAAAGCACUGGGAAUAAUUAAGAAGAAAAAUACUUUAUUCGUGGCUGAAGUAAAGGGUCACAUUGAUGAAAAAUACAUUAAUGAUUACAUAAACUUUUUACCGAUAAUAAGAAACUUAGAUAUUAUCACAGAUGAAAAAACAAUUGGCAGUUUUAUGUAUAAUUACAUGAAAUCAAACAAUUUACCAGUUGACCAGAAACAGAGGAAAUUAACUCAGUUAGCAUCAACACACAACCAAUAUCAACCAUUUUCUUCUUAUUAUCUUUGGUAUCUAAUAGACAGAUUUCAUUUUAUCAUCGAUGAUAUUCAAUCAAUUUUAACAUUUACGAAAAACACUUGUUUUAAUGAAUUUGCGAACGAAUUUAUGAACGAAAGACAAAAGGCUGAAUUAGAAGGAAAUAAAGGAAAAAGUUUAUUUUGCAAGAUUUCACUUAAUGGAUCAUAUGGUUACGAUGCAAUGAAUACGCAAAAUUACGCAAAGACUAAAAUAAUGAAUGCACAGAAGGCACGCGUUGCAUGUAUGUCAAAUAAGUUUAAAAACAUAAGAGAAAUAGGAGAGGAUAC